AAGCAGGCUGGGGUGGGAGGGGGAUAGACAUAAAAGCUAUACGUAUCAAGUCACAAACACAUAGACAGCUUACAGUCUACAGAGAUAUUAACAAGCAUUGCAGUAUCCUGAAUGUUCCUGGCUAAGGAAGUUAGAGGAGGACAUAAAGAUGAUCUUAUUAGCAUGUCCUGAAAGCUAUGGAAGGAGAGGUGACAGAAACAAUCUUGAAAACAGUUGGGAUCGUAAAUGGAAAGCACAUCGGCAGUGCACUCACUGGAAGCCAAAGUGGACGGAUGCUGGUGAAUGCCCCAUGGCAGCGGUUACCUCAGUCCAUACAUCAAGUACAAGCUAUAACUUGGAAGCAUUUUUUAGAAUGAAACGAGGUAGACUAACUGUUACAAUUGAUAGCCAGGUUGUGAAAGGACUGCAGAGGAAUAAAAAACAAAAAAAAGAUACUCAAUCAUCUAAGCUUCAAAAAUUUCAAAUGCAAUCCUGCCAACUUGACUGGGGAAGUCUGCCGCACCAUGUAGUACUGCAUAUCUUUCAGUACCUUCCUCUUGUGGACAGAGCACGUGCAUCAUCUGUUUGCCGCCGAUGGAAUGAGGUUUUUCAUAUCCCUGAGCUAUGGAGAAAGUUUGAGUUUGAGCUUAAUCAGCCAGCUACAUCAUAUCUGAAGUCUACUCAUCCUGAUCUCAUUCAGCAAAUCAUUAAAAGGCAUGCUGGCCAUCUUCAGUAUGUUAGCUUCAAGGUUGAUAGCUGCACAGAGUCAGCUGAAGCAGCAUGUGACAUCCUGUCACAGCUCGUAAACUGCUCCAUUAAAACUCUUGGACUGAUAUCAACAGCAAAACCAAGUUUUAUGAAUGUUUCUAAGUCUCACUUCGUAGCAGCACUGACUGUUGUCUUUGUCAACUCAAAGUCAUUGUCUUCAAUAAAGAUCGAUGACACACCAGUGGAUGAUCCUUCACUGAAAGUUUUGGUGGCAAAUAAUAGUGAUACUCUGAAGCUACUUAAAAUGAGCAGUUGUCCCCACGUUUCACCUGCAGGAAUUUUGUGUGUAGCUGAUCAGUGUCAUGGCCUUCGAGAACUUGCCCUGAACUACCAUCUUCUAAGUGAUGAAUUGCUAUUGGCUCUUUCCUCAGAAAAACAUGUGCGUCUCGAGCAUCUUCGUAUUGAUGUUGUAAGUGAAAACCCUGGCCAGACACAGUUUCACACAAUAAAAAAGCAAAGCUGGGAUGCACUCAUCAAGCAUUCACCCAAGGUCAAUAUUGUUAUGUACUUCUUUCUGUAUGAAGACGAAUUUGAUGCAUUUUUCCGAGAAGAGACUCCGGUAACGCAUCUUUACUUUGGUCGUGCUGUAAGUAAGGCUAUGUUGGGCCGUAUAGGUAUGAACUGUCCUCGCUUGAUUGAGCUGGUGGUUUGUGCGAAUGGACUUCAGCCUUUGGACGAUGAGCUCAUCCGCAUUGCUGACCGUUGCAAAAAUUUGACGGCCAUUGGCCUCGGAGAGUGUGAAGUUUCCUGCAGUGCAUUUGUUGAGUUUGUAAAAAUGUGUGGAAGGAGACUAACUCAACUGUCCAUUAUGGAAGAAGUGCUCAUUCCAGACAACAAAUACAACUUGGAGCAAAUCCAUUUUGAAGUUUCAAAGCAUCUUGGGAGAAUGUGGUUUCCAGAUAUGAUGCCUACUUGGUAGACUAACAGGACAUCGUUUCUAGGAUGCUUGUUGCUUUAGCUUACUAUGCAAUAAUUCUUUGAUACAUAGAUAAGUUGGCACAAACGAUGAAAUACAAUUAUACAUUUACAUAAUCCUUACAAAGUAGAAGGCCAGUCAGCAUUAAUAAAUGCAGGAACUGAUUCUAUUCUGGUAUCAAAAAUCAAGCAGUUUAUUAUUUAGGAAUGUGCUAGCCAUCUCCUUUGUAAAUUUAUACAAACCAAAAACAAUCUUUGCUAAUUGCUUAGCAUUAAGGCACUUUAUGACUGUCAGUUGUUUAUAAUAUAGUUAGUGUACUUAUAAAUGUUUAUUGUAUGUUCAUGUAACAUUUUAUAUAAAAAAUAACUAUUCAGGUCUACAAGAUUAAGGCAUUUGGACCAUAAGGUUACGUUGAGGUGUUAUUAAACUUAAUUUAUAAUCUGUAAAUCACACUUACUGUACACGC